AUGCCUGCAUCAAAUCUGUCGCAAUCGGCCGCAGGGCCUGCAUCAACCUUGAAGAUGCUGGAUGGCCGAUUUAUCCCACAGCUUGGGCUUGGCGUAUACAAGACUCCCGCUGGCGAGACAGCUGAGAUCGUGAGUUAUGCGGCCGAAAUCGGCUAUCGCAUGGUGGACACGGCGUCCUUCUAUCACAAUGAGGAAGGGGUCGGCGCGGCUGUCAAACAACAUAAAAACCUUUUUGUGACAACAAAGCUCUGGAACGACGCCCACGGUGCGGAUGCCGCACGCAAAGCUUUUGAUCACAGCAUGAAGAGGCUGGGCCUUGAUGUGCUCGACCUCUAUCUCAUCCAUUGGCCUGCACCGAAAAACAACCUUUAUGUCGAAACCUGGAAAGCACUGAUCGACCUGAAAAAAGAGGGGCGUGUGCGCUCGAUCGGGGUUUCAAACUUCAAUAUUGAUCACUUAGAGCGGCUUUUGCAGGCAACGGGGGAGGUGCCAGUGAUCAACCAGAUCGAGCUUCACCCGGCUUUUCAGCAAAAGAACUUCGCGCGUUACCAGAAACACGGCAUUUUGACAGAGUCAUGGAGCCCUCUGGGACGCGGCGCAACACUGGACGAUAACGUGAUUAAUGAGGUCGCCCGGAAGCACGAAAAUCCCCCGNUCAGGUGAUUAUUCGCUGGCAUCUGGACUACGGGUCUUGUCGUUAUACCAAAAUCGUCGAACCACCAGCGUCUCAAGGAAAACCUGGGCUUUGACUUUAAGCUCGAUGCGUCUGAUAUGGCCGCUUUUGAAAAGCUUGACCGCCCGGACGGCCGGGUUGGGCCAGACCCCCUCACGGCUGCUUUCUGA